AUGAGUGGUAACCCCUACGCCGUCAACGGCGGUGGUCGACCCCCGAACAACAACUCCAAUCCCUAUGCCACCACCAGCAGUACCUCCAGUUCGAACCCCUAUGCUGCUACAAACACUUCAUCCUCCAUCCCCAGUGGUCGCUUUGCCGACCCCUACCUUUCAAACCAGAACAAUGCCUCCUCCGCCUCCGUGAACAGUUUCGGUUCCCAGGAACGCAGGCUGCGUCCGAAUCCCUACGAACAGCGCGACAGGGACUCUCCAGGACCACCAUCUUCCUCCGGAAGGUCAGGUUCUGGCUCUGUGAGUGGGAGCGCAGGUGGAGGCGGUGGCGGCUAUGGUGGUCUUCCACCUCCACGGGCCAGAUAUCAAGAUGCCCCUCCACCGCCGCGGAAUGAAUACAACUCGAGUCGUGACAGGGAGCCGCAAAACUAUGAACAGCGACAGCAGCCACUAUCACGACAACAACCACCUCCAUUGCAGCAGCAGCAGCAACAGCCGCGGCCUCCAACACGGGAGAGAGAAAGAGCAUACAACGACCCGGGAAUGCGUGAAGUCCGAGAAAAUCGAGCCCCUAUGCCGCCUCCCAUGACCAUCCCACAAAAGCCAUCUGCCCCCAGUCUCAAACAGCAGGCCCCGAUAACUGUCUCAACCGCACAAAAAUACCCUCCUCCAGAGAAUGCCAAUCGACAUUAUUCCCCUCGACGACCCCCGAAGAACAUGGAGGAGAUCAUGCGACACAUCCAGUCCGAUUGGAAAGAUCUAGAUAGUGACGAGUGCAUACCCGUCAAGAUCGCGCUCAAGCUCAUGGACCCCAGCUCUCUGGGACUGGCUGAUAAAGAGGGCGAUUUCGCGGAUACACACGUCGAUCUGCAGAAGAGCUUGAAGACGGUGGUCAAUGAACAUUACACCGAUUUCAACAGCGCUGUGGGUACCUACCACAAGAUUCAGAAUGCCAUCCGAGAGAGUCAGAGUCGAGUGAGGAUGCUCAAGACUGGUCUGAUGAACGUAAAGGGUUCCAUGUUGACCACUCGACCCGAAUUGAGAAUACUGGCUGAGCAAAGUGGAGAGCUCGACGACAUGGUCGUUAUGCUGAGCAAUAUCGAGGCUCUGAAAAUGAUCCCGACGAAGCUGGAAGAGAAGAUCAGCGAGAAGAAAUUCCUCGGAGCCGUCGACUUACUCAUGGAGAGUCUCAAGGGCAUCACCAAGAGCGACUACGAUGGUAUCGGUGCAAUAUCAGAUCUUAGGAACUAUUUCACCAACCAGGAAGGCACGUUGCUGGAUAUUUUGGUCGAAGAACUCCACGACCAUCUGUAUCUGAGAAGUCCUUACUGUAAGGACCGUUGGAAAGGAAAGAGCUCAACGGGUGAAGAACGAGAUCCCAAAGAUCAUCUCUUGGGUACUGGCGUCAAUCCGUGGGAUCGGCCAUUCAAUCAUUACCUGAAUAAUGCCGAACUCUCCGUCCCCAUGGUGGAAGAUGCCUCCAAGAACCCCGAAGCCGACACUUUCUACUACAUUCACAUGAUUGUGGAAUCUUUGAACAAACUGGGUCAACUAGGCGAAGCCAUCUCAAGAAUCGAACAACGUAUGCCAAUGGAACUCUACAAGGUGGUUGAAAAGACGAACCACGAUAUUGAUGCGAAGUACCCAUCCCAUGUACGGGGUCAAACGGCAAAGGGUGGCAGGAAAGUCUUGUCCCUACAAGCCGAUGACAGUAGAAAUCAAGUCCUGUCAGAUUUCCUCUGGACGUUAUAUUCGAAAUUCGAGGCCAUCGCCGAAUCUCAUCGUGUCUUGCACGAGGUCGUAGGUGGCGUCGUCGUCAGAGAAAAACUCCCCAAGCCGGAGCGCUAUAUCGGUGGCUUCAAGGAGUUGUGGAAGUUAUAUCAGAUGGAGAUGCGAUCGUUGUUGCACGAUUAUCUGGCGACUAGUGGCGACAUGACUCUGCGGUCUGGUCUGACUACCGCCAGCAGCACUGAUAUCUUCUCCCGGUCGCAGCGUGACAAGAACAAAAAGAUGUUCAAACUCUCCGAGAUGGAUCAGAAAUCAGAGGCGAUGAAGGCGGAGGAAGACGAGUUGGAUGAAAUUCUCAAAAGCUCGGUUCCUGGCCUGGUGAGCAAAUCUAGAGCGAGGACUGGAGCAGAAAUCACUUCCGACCGAAAUGGUCAAGACAGUACUGCGGCCGGUCAUAAGUUGUUGGUUGAACCCGGUGUCUUCAACAUGACCGUGUUGUUGGCUCCAUCGUUGACCUUUUUACAACGGCUCAAGGAUGUUGUUCCCGCCACUUCGAAUAUUCCAAUGAGUACUUUGACCUCCUUCCUCGAUGAUUUCCUGAUCAAUGUCUUCCAUCCUCAACUUGAAGACGCCGUGACGGAACUAUGCACGCACUGCAUGAUCGAUUUGGAAGCCUUCUCCGAAGAUAGUCAGUGGUCCAGACAUUCACCACACCCUAUCUUCAAGGGUACCAUUGCCUUCCUAGGCUUGAUCCGCGCUUUCUCAGGCAUGCUGAGUGCCAUCCCACAAGACCAGAUCUUCACCCAACUUAUCAUCAGCCAGCUCGUUACCUAUUACGACAAAUGCUUUGGCUACUACAAGUCUUUAGUCAGCCGGGUUGCACCCUCAAAUUCCAAUCCAAACAUCAACACCCUGACUCUGAAAGCAGCAGCAUCAUGGGCAGAAUCAGGUGAUAUACAUGACGUUGCUGUUGAGGUACUGAAAUACGACAAGAGUACCAGUGAUGGCCCACUACUGCCGGAACUGAUCAGCAAAGAAGUCCUGGCACUCCUGGCAGCCACCAAAGCCAAACCUCUUUCAUCUUACGACAUCAUCUCUGACCCCAAAUCUGUUCACCAACUUUCGCUUCUGUACAACAGUAUGCAAUGGCUCUCUUCAGCGCUGACACAGCUUCGCCAUGUUGAUGCCACAGCAUCUCACGGACAUGCUCGAUCAGCAUCUCAAAGCAGAAACCCUCGUCGUUGGACAUUAGUAGCCAGUCUCCGCUCACCAACGAAUAUCCCAACCCAUCCCGGCGCAGUUAUUCCCGUCCAUCUACCUCUGACAUCCGAAACCGCCAUCCCCUUCGACAACACCCUCUCCUCAUUCCGCACGCUUGCCCAAACCACACUGCUGACUCUCCAUAUCGACAUUCGUUGUGGCAUAAUCCACCAACUAGGCCGCACUCUCCGCGGCCCAGAAGUUACAAGCUCAAUCUCCCCAUCCGACAACAGGGACUCCUCCGCCAUCCCGAACCUCGACUCAGGGCUGUAUCCAUAUGUGCUGAGCUCGCCACCCAGCUCCGCCUCCCCGCUCGUCCUCGAACUCAACAACGACCUAAUCUCCUUCGACAGCAAUAUCGCAAGCUACCUCGGCGGCAAGGAACAGAACUUCAUCCUCUCAGGCCUUGCCAAGCUCGUGGACCGCUACCUCGUCGCGACCGCCGACUCGAUCGGCGUCAUGAACACCAACGGUGCCGAACGCAUCCGCAUCGACGCCAUGGUCAUCCAGCAGAACCUGCGCGCCAUCCUCGCGACGACGGCGCAGUCGAACCGCCAAAGCCUACUCGAGCGAACCCAAAACACCAAUGGCCCUGCUACGUCAGACGUCGGCACCGGCCUCGGCAUCAUCUCACAAACCCCACAGUCAUCAUUUACCUCGACCGAAGACACCGACCUCGACGCCGGCGCUCUCACCUCCUCGUCCCGCUACUUCGACCUGUUUCUCAGCGGCCCAGAUUCCGUCAUCCAGUACAUCAAGGACACGAAAUCCCAGGGCCAGACCGGCGACAAAGCGCACGACGUCGGCUAUACAUACGACGAGCUCCGCACGCUGAUCGAGCUGUGGUUCAGCACGAAACUCCGCGGCGAGGACCGCGGGGAGAGCAUCAAGGCGCGGAAACGCAUGCAGGAGGUCCUGCUGCAGUUGGGCGAGGUCAUGUGGGAUUCGUGA